AGGGAGAUGCUAGAGCAGUCAGCUGAUGAACUGAAAACCACUGUUGAAGAAUUGGAGAAAAGAUUUGAUGCUAUUGAAAAUGAAGGAAAUGAAUGGAAAACUAGAUUUGAAACUCAGACAGAGAUGAAUCAACAGUUAGAGAGACAGAUAUUGAUGUUAGAGAAUAAGGUGGAAGAAUCGAAGAAAAACUUAAAGGACGGCUACAAUUCUGUACAGAUUCUUUUGAUUUUUAUUUUGUGGGCGAAUCCUCAACUGGUGAAACAGUUAGAGAAAGAGAAGUUAGGUUUGAUAAACUCAAUAAGAGAUUUAGAAUGGCGUUUAGAUCAAGAAUCCAAGGCCUAUCAUAGAGCUAAUGAUGAACGUAAACAAUAUGUGAUAGAAAUACAGUCUACUAAAGGUAAUAUAUAUCAGAUACAGAAACAGAGAGCUGCUGGUGAUGCUACUUACAGGACACCAAGAGUUGAAAAUGGAGGGUAA